AUGGUGAGCAAGCCAAAACGCGAGUCUGAUGGUGACUUGCCACGUCUCAAGUCUAAGGUCCGCAGGACUGAUUUGGAUCAUGAGGAAGGUUCUAGUGGUGUUACGGAUCAGUAUGACAGGAAAAGUCUUAAGAGAGAUGGGAAUGAGAAAAGAGAGAAGAAGAAUGAGAGACAGUCGGAGCCUGCACGGGUUCAUGUGAGGAAUAUGGAAGAGCUUGUGGAGGAUGAAGAUGAGGAUGAAAAUGAAAAGGAUCCGGAAAGAGAGGAAAGCAAUGAGUUCUUAGAAUUGGACAAUCUUGAGAAAAAGAAGAAGAAGAGUGCAGAGAAAGCGAAAGCGUUGUUUAUGGAGAGAUUCGUGGGGGUUGUGGGAAGGGAUGCAGAGGGGGUUAAGAAGUUGGCGGAUAAGUUGGAGAAGGAAGCUUCGAUCCAAAACAAGGAGUUUCUGGACGGGUUUGAAACUGCUUAUGCGUGGUCGGGGCCAUUCAGAGUCAAGAAGAAAAAUGCGAAGCAUGAUGAUGAUGUUCAUGAUUUCGCCUUGAUGCAUCAAAAGGGUCAAGAUAUCAUUGCACGAGCUUCGCGAGUAGCAUCUCAGUAUAACGAGCUUGUCGAGAAAAAUGUCGCGAACGAACUUGAUGGAUUGCUUCGUAACGAGUGGGCCAAAGAGGAUGAGCAGAUCGUCAGGAUGCUCGAACUGGGAAAGAUGGUGGGAUUCAAUAAAUUCGAAAGCAUCUUGAAUGCUACGAAGUGGGAUGCUUUGGACAUUGAUGCGGUUGAGGUCUCGAAGAAAUUCUUUCCGGUUGUUGAUGAAGGGAAGGCAAUUGGAUGGGGUAAGGAGGCUAAGAAACAUGAGAGGGCAAAUAGGAAAUUGCUCAAGGCUUUUGAAGAAUGA